GCUGCGUGACAGUCGCUAUGAGUCGAGGAAGGGGCCGCGGACGCGUUCGUUUCGGUGGCAGUCGAGACUCAAUGCUGGCAGAUAUCAUGGACGAAACGCGUGAGGACCUUGGCCUCUCGCACACACAGAUGGAGCUGCUGCACGCUGAAGGUGGCGAAUCACUGUACCCGCCCAUGGAGCUGCCGCAACCUGAGGCAUUGGCCGACCGCGAGGCCUACUUGAUCCAAAGACAGCGCAUCUUGGCACACAAGCUCGAGAGUCUUUACCACCCGUGGGAAGCGGAUCCAUCAGGUCCAGACGCUGGUCGCAAUGCGUCCGAUCCAGUACACGUUACAGUGCCAGAAACACAGAAAGCUAACGAGGUCUACGUACCCGAAGAGUUGCGUGCCAAUUCGCUCAGCGGAAUGCGCACAGCAACCACCGGCUCUACGAACCGUGGCAUCAUGCAACCACGCGCAUUCGAGAAUGUGUUCAAGUCGUUAGAAGCUCAGGAGAAGAAAAUUGCAGCCGAUAAGGCCAAGGCAGCCGAAAACGAGGCCGAUGACGGCGACAUGGAUGACGCCGAAGAAGAUCUGGUGACGCUGUGA